AUGUGGAAUCCCAAACCCCUCCUGCUCGUCAUCUCACUCUGCAUCUCGGCGUUGUCAUCGUCACCAUGCACGGCAGCCGGUAGCGGCGGCAAGCCCUUGGUGACCGCCGUCACCAAGGACGCGUCCACCUCCCUCUACACCGCGCCGCUCAAGGACGGCCACCCGCUGGUCCUCGACCUCUCCAGCCCGGUCAUCUCACUGACGACGUGCGCCUCCAAGAACGGCACGGUCACCACGCUCUCCGCGAACGCCACCGACGGGCAGAACCCGCUGUUCCCGAUCUCCUUCUCCGCGGUGGCCUCCUGCGCGCCAUCUCCGCCAUCCAAGCUGCCCGCCGGCACAGUCGGCGUCGCGGGGCUCGCGCCCUCGAGCCAGUCGUUCCCCGCACAGGUGGCGCGCACCCAGAAGGUUGCCAACAAGAUCGCGCUCUGCCUCCCGAGCGACGGCAAGUCCACGACCGGCAACAGCGUCGGCGUGGCCAUCUUCGGCGGAGGUCCCUUGGUCUUCCCGGACCGGGGCGACUUCACCACGAUGCUAGCCGGCACGGCGCCGCUGCACGGAUUCAACGGCUCCCCCGGGUACUACGUCUCCGCCACCGGCAUCGCCGUGGAGCAGGGUCGCGUCGGCACCUCCGGGGGGCCGCUCGUGGUGGCGCUGAGCUCCACGACCCCCUACACAUCUCUCCGGCCCGACGUGUACGGUCCGUUCGUGAGGGCGUUCGACGCGGCGGCGACCGGGCCCAACUUCCCGUGGAUGUCGAGGGUCACCGCGGUGCCGCCGUUCGAGCGGUGCUACGACUCGACGAAGCUGCCGCCGACGCGGCUCGGCUACGCAGUGCCGCAGAUCGACGUGAUGCUGGAGGGCGCGCAGAACUACUCGGUGCUCGGCGGCAACACCAUGGUGCAGGUGAACGGCAACACGGCCUGCCUCGGGUUCGUCCGGGCGGCGGCAGGGCAGGCGCCGGCGGCGGUCAUCGGUGGGUUCCAGCUGGAGAACCACCUGCUCGUGCUCGACGUGGAGAAGAAGCAGCUCGGGUUCACCACGUUCCUCAACGCGAUCGGGCUUUCAUGCAGCAACUUCAAUUUCACUCUUGCCGCCUAG